CUGGAGCAAAAUGUCAGACGACAAAUAUUCUACUCCGGACAUCUCACACUUACGACAAGGAGACUUUGAGCACGUGUAUGAACCGGCAGAAGAUACAUUUCUGUUCCUUGAUGCACUGGUUAAAGAGCACGACUACAUCAAAGAAACAAAACCAGCUUGCUGCCUGGAGAUAGGAUGCGGGUCAGGAGUAUGUAUAACCUUUCUGGCGAAAAUGUUGGGACCCACCGCUGCCAUGUAUUGGUAGGUCACAACCAAAAGAUAGUCCGAAAGAUUCUGACUACAAGGUGUACAGACAUCAACCCAUUGGCUGCACAGGCAGCUGAGAAGACAGCUCAACAGAAUGGUGUCACUGUUCAGCCAGUUCUUACAGAUUUGGUUGGCUGCCUGAGACCUCGACUUAAAAACCAGGUGGAUGUAUUACUAUUCAACCCUCCAUAUGUUGUUACACCCUCAGAUGAAGUAGGUAGUAGUGGUAUAGAAGCUUCAUGGGCAGGAGGUUGUCAUGGUCGAGAGGUGAUGGACAGACUCUUCCCACAAAUUCCUGACAUUCUUUCACCUCAGGGAAUCUUCUACCUUGUCAUUAUUAAGGAAAACAAGGCAGAGGAAAUAGAGGAUAUAAUGAAAGGUUAUGGUUAUAAGAUGUGGACAGUUUUAUCGAGAAGAUCAGGGCCAGAAUUCCUCUCUAUUUUAAAGUUUACCAGAUGACAUGUUACCACCCAUGACAAAAAAAAUCAUCCUUUGUGUGACCAACAAUUUCUAUGCAACGUCAGAGGAGAAAGAAACAAUACAGUGAUGUCAGAGGAACAAUGAAAUGACAUCAUUAUCAGCUUUAGACAGGAGAGAUUGUGUGUGAAACAGGAGAUAAAACAGAACAGACAGAUAGAUGCCACAAUGUCAUUAGCCUACAACCUAGUCUUUUUGACGGAAUGGACCAGAUCAAACACUAUGUACCAAUUGUACCAGAAUACAAACAUGGAUGAUGUGACCUUGAAUAUGAGUCAAGGUCAUUUAUUUUGGCAAACUUUAUUUUGGCAAACUUUUUCUGGUGUCAUACCAGUAAUCAAAUAGCUGAAUAAUGAAUUAAUUCUACAAAUGUAGGUGUUUAUUUAAUCAGAUGUUCCAGUAAAGUUUUGUUCAACCCAUGUGACCUUGAAUAUCGGUCAAUGUCGUUUCUAUUUGAAACCUUUGUAUUUCCAUGCAAUAACUUAAGUUUCCUUGGGCAGAUCAAACGUUAACUUUAUACAGUGUAUUCUUAUUGAAAGUUCUUGCCUGGGAUUGCUUUUCUGUGUCAAAUGUCAAGGUCAUGUUCACUUUUGCUAAAUAUAGAAAAUAAGUUUCCAUGCAAUAACUUUGCUUUUGCCAAUCAAAAUAAUACUUUAAAAUGAUCUACCUCAAACUUCAUAGAAUGCUUCCUUAUUGAAACAGCUUGCUUAUAAUUGCUUUUCAGCAUCAAAAUUCAAGGUCACUGUUACCAAAGUUAAAUAAACAAAUCACUUUACAUGCAAAAUCUAGAGUUUGCUUUGGCCAAUCUAGCUUUAAAAAAACUUUUCUGUACUUCCAUACGUAAAGUACCGGGUAUUUGCUUAAAAUUGAUUUACAGUUUGAAUGGUCAAAGGUCAAGGCCACUGUUACUAUAAAUAGAAAAUCAGUUUCCUCUCAGUAACAUGGCUUUCCUUGGGGCUUAUCGAUCUUAAACUUCAUACAGUGUUUUCUUAUUGAAAGUGCUUGCUUGGGAUUUAUUUUUACCUUUCAAGGUUCAAAGUCAAGGUUACUCUUACUUGAGAUAGAAAUCAAGAGAUCACAGGCUCCAUAUUCUGCCGUCAAAAUGUAUUACUUAUGUGUUUUUCUGGCUUUAUGGCAGUGAACCUAUGCCAGUUUAUCUAUCAGUCUGACCGGUCAUCCAUACUUUCAACUGAAAUGUGUUUGUGCUGUUUUUCAUUGAAACUUAAUAUGAUGUUACACUGUGACGUGCAGAUGUGCAAUAGGGGUUAAAAACCAAGGUUACUAAAAAUACAAUCCAAAAUACACUGUCAAAAAGUAUCAUCUGCGGCUCACUACAGAUGAUAAAACUUUAUGAAAUUUCACCUGAUGAUACACUGAGACUGACGCACAUGAUGGGUUUACGAACAGCCUUUAAUAAGGUCAAAAUCAAGUUCUCUGUUACUAAAUCUAUAACUAGAUAUAUACUUUAAAGUACAUCAUGUAAGGCCUGUACAGAAGGCAACAUGUUUUGAAACAUUACAUGUAUGAUGAUACUCUGUUGAAUACACCCUUUAUAAAAUACAAUGUUAUCAUACAAUUUGAAUUUGAUUGUAUUUGUUGUCAAUACAUGUUUAAAUACAAUUUGGGUGACAGAUAAAUAAAUGUACAAUGGC